UGCAGAGUUUGGAGCUGUGCUCUUCUGCGGCCAGCAGCAGCAGCUCGCCUUGACAGCCAAAACUGGCGCAGAGUCUCAGCUCAAACCUCAACCAUUCUUCUUUUCUGAAACAAAACGACAAUUCAUACUUAUACUUUUUACACAUCCUCUUCCGGAGACAAGCGCUGGAGCGGCCUCGUCUAGAAUGGGGAACCGAGACGAUGAAUACGAUUUCUUGUUCAAAGUUGUGUUAAUCGGGGACUCGGGCGUAGGGAAGAGCAACCUGCUCUCUCGAUUCACACGAAAUGAGUUCAACCUAGAGAGUAAAAGCACCAUUGGGGUGGAGUUUGCCACGCGCAGCAUCCAGGUGGACGGCAAGACGAUAAAGGCUCAGAUCUGGGAUACAGCGGGACAGGAGCGCUACAGAGCCAUCACCUCAGCAUACUACAGAGGAGCGGUGGGAGCGCUCUUAGUGUACGACAUAGCCAAACACCUGACCUAUGAGAACGUGGAGCGCUGGCUGAAGGAGCUGAGGGACCACGCCGACAACAACAUCGUCAUCAUGCUGGUGGGAAACAAGAGUGACCUGCGCCACCUCAGGGCUGUGCCCACGGACGAGGCCCGCGCUUUUGCAGAGAAGAACAAUCUGUCAUUCAUAGAAACUUCUGCCUUGGACUCAACAAACGUUGAAGAAGCCUUUAAGAAUAUUCUUACAGAAAUCUACCGCAUCGUUUCGCAGAAACAGAUCGCUGAGCGGUCUGCCCAUGACGAGUCCCCAGGAAACAACGUGGUGGACAUUAGCGUGCCCCCCACCACGGACGGCCAGAGGGGGAGCAAACUGCAGUGCUGUCAGAACCUGUAACCCCCGGCAACCGUCCCUCUUCCACCUGGGUCAAUUAUUAAUUGAAAUUCUCAGUGUUGGUAUGCUUCCAUCUGCCUGGCGUGCAAUGUUGUCUGAAUCUGCACUUUUUGGAUCAGUGCAGUCGGUAAUAUUGUGCCACAAAUGAUCAAUCCCAUAAAGUUUGAACAGAUUUCAAAUUUUAAUCUGACCCAGGAACAGUCUGCUAUAUCCAAGUGCAAAAACAUGACUGAUGGUACCACAGUUACCCCAUGCUAGAGGAGCAGAUAAACUUUGCCUGAGACCUUGUAAGCAUAGACAUGUCCGUAAUAGACAGUUAUUGCCACGUGUUGGAGGCCUGGCUUUGAAUUCUGCUAGUUUUAGUCUUACCAGCAGUCCUGUUUUUGUCCCUCCUUCUCCAGUCAUCAUCUCAAAAGUGGUUGUGACGCUGCUAAUGCUUAUUUCAUUUUGUGUAAAAUAUAUUCUUUUUUUGUUUUGAUUUUGAUAGCUUGUCUGCUCACAUACAUUAUAUUAAUGCCAUGAAAUUAAAUUUUACAAUAUUA